AUGGUCUAUCAGCUUCCUCCUGCACUAUCUAUCAAAAAUUUAGACGAAUUACCGUCCUCUAUCAAUCCUUCUGGUGAUGACCUCAGUUCAAAACCAAAGCGUACUCCUUCAAUCGAUUCCGAUGAUCACUUGGAUAACUUUGACGAUAUUCUAGAAUAUUAUGUUCAUAGCUUCGGAAAGUAUCAGCUAGUGCAGUUCCUUCUGUUAUGUAUCCCCACUAUCACUGUAGCCAUGCACGUUAUGAGCUGGACAUUUGUCUCUCUUGAAAUACAAGAAAGCUCAAUUCAAAAUUCAACCAAUACCACAGAAGAUGACACUAACUUCUCCAUAGGGUUCAAGCAAGACAUGAAUGGCAAAAAUUCGUGGAUGAAGGCUACCGUCCAAUCUCUAUACUACAUCGGUCAAAUGACAGGCUCCUACUUCUGUGGAGUAAUGGGCGACAAAAUUGGACGGAAGAAAGUAUUUUACAUUGCCAUUGUUAUACAAUCGCUUUGUGGGCUUCUGCUUUGUGUCGCUCCAAACUGGUGGCUGUUCGCUAUAUUGAAAGCAGGUACUGGCUUCUCUCAACCAGGGAUAUUCGGAGUAGCCGUCGUGCUAGGUACCGAACUGGUAGGAAGACGCUAUAGAGCUCUAGGUUCUGUAGCAGCCGGGUCAUUCUAUGCGUUUGGCGAGAUUAUUCUGGCCGGCUUGGCUUAUCUUAUUCAUGACUAUCGUCUAUUGCAUUUGAUCAUCUCCCUUCCAUCUAUCCUAUUCUUGAGCUACUGGUGGUUGAUUCCGGAAAGCGCCCGAUGGUUGAUCUCAGAGAACAGAUUCCAAGAAGCUGACCGUAUACUGAACAAGGCAGCGAAGAUGAAUGGUUCACACAUACCGGAAAACUGGUGGCGCAAAAUGGAAUCAUGUGCAGCAAACAAAACUUCCAAUAGUUUCAGCACCUUGGAUUUAUUAAGAACACGUGAAAUGCGCAAACGAACCCUAACCUGUUUCUUCAUAUGGCCAGUUUCCACCAUGAUGUACUAUGGACUUACGAUGAAAAGUGACAUUGGAGGUGGCAAUCUCUAUGUCAACUUUGCUCUAAGUGGACUGAUGGAGAUACCAUCGAUGAUCUUGGUGUAUUGCUUAAUUGAUAAAGUAGGACGUAAGCCAUUAGUAUCAAUGGGACUUUUGACCGCCGGACUUUGCCUAAUAGUAAAUUGGAUCGUCGGAGACAGCAUUCCCACUUAUGCUGCAGUGAUGCAAACCAUGAUUGCAAAAGGAGCGAUCACUGUAGCUUACACAGUGAUGUACACUUAUACCACUGAGCUUUUCCCCACGAUUCUAAGAAAUACAGCAGUUGGAUGUUGCUCAACUGUUGCUCGAAUUGGUGCCAUCACAUCUUCAUGUGUAGCACUGUGGCUGGUGGAUACAUAUGGAAAACUAACAAUGGUUAUUCCAUUCUGUAUCUUAGCCAUAUUAGCAGCUGCAGCUUGCCAGCUUCUUCUCCCAGAAACGAAUGGCAAGAAGUUGCCAGAAUCUAUAUCAGAAGUGGAAGGAAAUCACAUUUAA